UCUCUCUCGUAGAAUUGUAUAUGGAUACAUAGAACGGAAUGCAUAGAAACAAAUUAAAAGAUGAUGAACUGUGAAAGUGGAAGCCCAUAUAUUGAUUUCAGUAAAGAUACUAACGAUUUAGCGGAAGGAAGUGAAGGAUGGAAGAAUUUGUGUAAACAAGUUGGAGAAGCAUGUAAAAAUUUUGGAUGUUUUCAGGUGGUGUAUAAUCAAGCUCCGGUUAAACUACAUGAAGAGCUUUUGAUGGGAAUGAAAGAAUUAUUUGGUCUUCCAGAUGAGACUAAAGAGAAGAAUGUUCAUUCCAAGCCUCACCGUAAAACUGGCUACCUAAACAAAAUUGAAGCGGCUCCUUUGUUGGAAAGUUUGGGUAUAAUCAACGCACACAUCCUUGAUGAAGCUCAAGCAUUCACCAACCUCAUGUGGCCGGACGGAAACCCUGCGAUAUGUCCGACAAUACACUCUGUGGACAAAAUGCUAGAAGAACUUGAAGGAGUCGUCCGGAAAAUGAUCUUCGAGAACUUAGGGGUGGGUGAUUAUUACGACUCCAACAUCAAGAAUAGCGAUAAUGUAUUUCGUGUCCUUAAGUACAAAGCUCCUCGGAGUGAUGAGUCGGACAUUGGUCUACCACCUCAUACGGAUAAAAUCAUCCUAACAGUUUUAUAUCAAGACAUAAACGGACUCGAGUUUCUCUCUAAAGAAGGGCAGUGGCUCCAAACGCAGCCUGGCACAUUCACAGUCCUCGCAGGUGAAGCUCUCGUGGCCUGGAGUAAUGGAAGAAUACAUGCGCCAACACACAGAGUUAUUAUGAAAGGAGGGAAAGAUAGAUACUCCUACGCGAGAUUUGGAACACCAAAUGAUGGAGCAACGGUUGAAAUCCCAAAAGAACUGAUAGACAAAGAUCAUCCUUUACAGUUUCGGUCCUUCAAUUACAUGGAUUUCCUCCAGUACUUGUAUGCCAAUCCUCAUCUCGAUAAUCCUCUAAAAAUGUAUGCAUGCAUCGGUGCAGUUUGAUUUUCUAUUGAUAUAAUAGUUUGAUUUUUUAUUGAUAUAAUAAGAAGAUUAAUACUGU